AGUUCUGUCAAAAGAGAUACUGAAAAGAAAUGUUUUGUUUAUACUAUUAAAUUACUACCUGCUCUUAAUGAAUCUUCAAAAGCGAUUUCAUUAUUGCCAUUGCUAUUUUUCAAAAAACAUCUAUAUUAAAAAAUAUAAUUCGCAUUUUAAUUUUGAAAGCGAAAGUCAUUUUCUCAAAGCGUAUGAAAAUGUUCUUCCUGGUAAAGGUUGUGAUACAGAAGCUAAAAAGAAUAUUUUAAUUCAAGAGAUCACUGAAGAAAUAAAUAGGAGACGUGAGCUGAAUAAAAGGGCUUCUGAAAGGAAAAAAAUAAUUUCUGAAAAUUACAUUCCUUUGCAUCAUGAAGUGUAUAAAAUACAGGAAUCUUUUUUUGAUGAAUCUUUCCUAAAUCUUGUUCUCACAGCAAAAACUGGUGAUUAUCAAGAAGUUUUAAAAUUAUUGGAUGUUAUUUCUAAAGAAAAAAGGCUUUAUGGUUUUAAGGUGUUAAAAGAAGAUUUUUGUUUAAAGCUUUUGGAAGAAUUAAACAAUUAUGAAAAUUCAGAUUUACCAAAAGAAAGGCCAAAUACUAUGAAUAAAUAUGGGAUUCUCUUAGAUGAUCUUGGUUUCCACAAUUUUUCAAAAGUUUUAAGAACAAAUUACUUGGAUCCUCUGGCUAAAAGUUUAUUUCCUGAAUGGAGAGGAGAAGAAUUAGACUCCCAUAAAAUAUUUACAGUCACUUAUCAACUUGAUCAAGAUCUAGAUCUGGGCGCACAUUAUGAUAACAGUGAAGUUACCUUAAAUGUCUGUUUAGGCAAAUGUUUUGAAGGUGGCGAGUUAUAUUUUGGUGAUAUGAGGCAAGAGGAGCUGUCCACUUACACUGAAUAUACUCACAAAAUUGGAUAUGGCAUUUUGCACCGUGGUCAACAAAUACAUGGGGCCUUGCCAAUUACGUCAGCACCCAGACUUGCAAGGAUAUGCAUGUCUUUGGAACCAGGGUUGAAUGAGACUCAGUGGCAACUCUGGCCAGUAACAUCUAUUUAUGUGGUAAUUAUUUUUACUUUUGAAUCUCAAUUUGUAUUAUUAAUCAAGACAGCAAAAUUGAGUCAGAUAGAAUUUCUUGUGCAUACUUAAAAUUUUUGUUUCUUUAAAACCAGUGACAAAAUAUUAUCCCUUCUAUUUUAAAGCAAGUUUAGAAGUAAACUUGACAAACUUGGUCCCCCUUGCCUAUAUCAGAGGUUUAUUGGUUGGUAGGGGGUCUUGAUGACAGCUCAGUCAUUUUAAUCCAGACCAGCAUCCCCAGAGGUAAUGACGUACAAAAUAUUUUAUUUAGAAAUAUUAAUUAAAAAUUUGUAAACAUUUAUAUACAAUGAAGCAUUUUAGUGACAUUAACUCAUUAAAAAGAAAACUGUAAUGGUUGCAGCAUUUAGAUUGGUACCAGAAAGAAGAAAAAGGUUUCGCUGCUCACUCAAGGGGGUGACAAGUAAAUUAGCAGCAUUUUGUCAAAUAAGAAUAACAAAGCAUCAAAACUUUUAACAUAAAAGUACAGAACUGUGGAAAAGAAGGAGUUCGGGGACUAAAUUCUAAAAGAUGUAAGUGAAAAAAAAAAAAAAAAAAAAAAAAAAAGGAAAUGAGUGCAAAAGAUGGAAGGAAAAAAAACUGUUUUUAAAGAAAACAUAUUAGCUAUUUAGCCUAAUUUAAAAAGGGAAUGAAAAGAAAGCUUCCAUGAAGUAACUGUUAUGGUAUUUUUUUCAAAGAGCAAGGAAAAAACAUAUUUAUUAUGAAAGGUAAGUCAUUUAAAAAUAAAAGAAA